GUCCCGCGAAAGUUCGAGCUGGGUCAUGGGAGGAAAAUACGGCCCAAACACGCCCACAAUCGCCUCCACUCACCUGAUACCCCGUCUAUGCUGCCGGCGCACGAUGCGCAGUGACCCCCAACGACCCUUACAUGGCUGAAGAAGACGAUCUCGCGGCCCUCCAGGGCCUGCACCGCGAUCUCUGCGCGCACAUCGACCUGCAGCUGCCGGUGCUGGACCGCCUGCUGAACAACCUGGAAGCGCAUCUGGAGGAGUUCAAGACGCUGCUGGACAAGAAGCCGAAGAAUGACGCAAGCAGACGGCUACUCGCGGGCGGGAAAAUCACCAUCGACGACAACGAAUAUGAGGUCAACGAUGACUUCAAGCAGCAGACGCUCGAGCUGGCCGAUGCCCUGGACCUGGACGAAGUCGACGCCGCAGCGCUGUUCAUGGCCGCUGCAGCUGAAGCCGCCGAGCUGGACCGCACGCAGCUGCAGACCGCCGUCAUACGCUUCCAUCGCCGCCGCGAAUACGUCCUGCUUUGCUUGCGCAUCCUCAUGAAGACCGCGCUGGACAACGGCGACAACGCGGAGACAGAUGUCGAGGGCAUGCCGGCGUUUCAGAGGGCGGUCCAGAUCAUACUGGGCGUGGAAGGCGCCGUGAACCUCGUCAACGCGUAUGGAUACUGGAACAAGUGUCUGACUGGCAUGUCGAACGUUGAAAAGUGGCUGCAGCAAAUCUUGGAGCGCGUCCAGAGCACCCAGAUUGUUGGACAGGUUCCACUCCCAGGUUUCGUCGAGAUCAUGGACUUUCAGCGCCAGAGUUUGACACGACAGCACGAGAAUCUAUCUGCCAUCUGUACGCACAUGAUCAAGGCUGGCUACGUGAACCUCGAUAACUACAAGGCGCUGUUAGCGAAGGCGAAGACUCUCGAAAGACACGACAUCAUCACGAUUCACUAUGUACCCAUCAUUAUUCGAUUGACAGGCUGGACAGCAACUGAGAGCAAUGUCAUGUUGAGAGAUGCACGGUCCCUUCACGACUCGCUGAUGGCGGAGCGGGAUACCUCCAGCUGGGCGCUAAGGAAUCUGCAUGCAGCGACUCUGGCUUGGUGGUUGGCAGAGUACAGUGGCCGAUACGUGGACCCCAACGACCAGGAACCUGCCGUACGAGGCGUCGAUCUGAAGGCCGAGGCUGAGAGGCGAUCUGAGCAGUUCAUCAGGUCACUCAGCGAAGGCGCAUUCCACUUCAUGCUCUCCAUCAGCCAGGAUGUGCGACCAACAAGAUGGUACGACCCACAAAAGACCAGCAUGCUUUCGACGCUGCUGCAAGACACCGCUAUCCUCAGUCCGGAGACCACACAGCCUGACGACUUCUUCAAGAUUCUGAUGAUGGAGCAGCUGCAGACUUUCGUAGACUCCUUCAUCACCCACAUGCCAGAUACGCUGCGGAAACUGAAGGUCGAGGAGGACGACCAACGAAGAAGGCUCCAACUACAAUUCCAGCGAUCAACCGGUGAAUUCCCAUUGCACCUCGAAAGAUUCAUGAUCAUUGUUGCCUAUGCUUUCGAUGGCUUUUCCGAUGCAGCUGGUGAUUUCUGGACCGAUAAAGAGAGCAAUCUUUACGGUUUUCUUCAAUGGGCGGCAAAGCGGCAGCCAACGCCUCGCAUCGCCAUGUUCUGCGAGAUGUUACGAGCGAUCUCGACCGAUCAAGAAAACGCAGACUCGGCGCACAAGUUUCUGCUCGAAGAAGGCGCCUCUGCGACAGGAAAGAUCCGGCGCACAAGCUCACUGAGCUAUACACACAUUUUCAAUGAGCUGGUGGAAUUCGAUCGAGACAUUCAUGAACCGAAGAAGGCUAUUCAGAUGGGUCUCUUUACACAGUCUCAAACGCCAGCCGAUCAGAUUGUUGAGCCCGAGAGUGCAACUAUGUUGGAAAGCUAUCUUCGCCUGCUUGCGCAUUUGUGCAGGCACAGUUUCGCUGCACGUCAAUGGAUCCUCGAACUCAAGGAGUAUAACUAUUUGGGUAUCUGCUUUGGCUUGUGUACCGACAAGGUCGAGAGUGGGCUCCGAGCAGCGGCAUAUGACGCAUUGGCAGCUUUGCUGGUAGGCAAGGAUGUCAAUCGCGCAAGCAUCGUCUGGAGUGCUCUGGACGACUGGACUGUUAGUGGCUUCUUUGUUGCAUCGAAGCCCAGCAACGCCCUCGUUUCAGCGCCGAGAGAUGAGUUCUGGGCUACUUUGGCUGACGGUUAUGAUGAGGCAAUCGCUUUUGUACGACUACUGCAUAGCCUUAUUGAGCCAUAUCCUGACAGCGAAGGCCUCAACGAUGGCUUGCCGUUCCCGGAAACUCUGGGGUCUUCACGCAGGAUGCCAGGCAUAGAGGGUUACGUCGAUUUUGUCAUGCAGCAAGUGUUCGCAGAGCGCUCGCAAGAGAUCCUUGACCCACUACAGCGCAACGUCAUGAGAUGGACAUGCCUGCGUUUCAUCGUGACCUGCCUGUCAACGUUCAACGAGAACCUCGUCGUCUUCGCGAACAAGUCCAGCAUCCCUGUCGACGCGGUCAUCGACUCCUCAUCGCUCGCUGCCUAUAUUGCCAUGCACCCCUUCACCCGGGUCAUGGAAUGGCUGUUCAACGACAAGGUCGUUAAAGCUCUCUUUGCUUCAUCACAUCACGAUGUCAGUGAGGUUGAUGCAUCGCCGUCAGAUUCUCCCUUGGUUCAGACACUGAUGCUGAGCAUCGAAGUCAUGGAUCAGGUCAUGAAGCUGCAGGCCACCUACCUUGACAUUGUCAGGCCUGCGCUUAGGCAGCAAUCACCACUGCAUGGAUCUCCAGUCUUCAAUCUCUCGUUGGCGUCAUUCGAAGAUGCCAUCCUCAACAAUUUGCAGAUCGUUGUUGACCUAGGUUUGUACUGUGGUACUGGUCAUGAGGCUCUGACUAUAGCUUCCUUACAACUGCUACAGAAGCUUGCAUCAUCGAGGAAGCUCGCCGCAUCACCAGCUGGGUUUGGACAACGAACUGGCCGUAGUAAGGCUGUUGGCAUACUGGAGCGCGACAAUGAAGCAGAUAGAAUUGGUCGAUCUUUGCAUGGCUUGAUGCGAUUCAGCGCUGAAGAGUUGGAAGCCGGUGAGGAAGCAUCAGGCUACAUCGUCAAGCUUCGCGUGCUCGAGUUCUUGAACAGCUGUCUUGCAGCCGUGUCGACAAGGCCUACCAUCGCCCAUAUCCUGCUCGGCUUCACUUGUGAGAGCACCACCGUCCGCAUCGAACCAGACAGCUUAUGGUCGAACGGGCAAUCGCUCUUCCAUGCUAUUCUUCUGCUGGCCGUCGAGUAUCCUGACAACGAUACAGAGCGGUUCCUGGCCUGGCGAUCAGAGCUCAAAACACGUUGCUGGGAUGUUCUCCAGAAGCUGUGGCGUUCCCCGCUGACCAGCGCCAUCGUUAUGGAAGAGCUACGAGAUAACGAGCUCCUUUUCGUCGAAGCUCCCCGCUUGAUGCCGAUUAAUGUCGAUGUUCGCUGGGAAAGUCUCUCGCUCGCAGAAGGUCUGGAACUCCUCGCGACGGGUGACUUCUCUGAAUUCUUCUCCGGCCCGCCGGCGCUUGCGCUGCAGAACUUCCUCCAACGGAGAGCCGCCUUUCUGGACUACAAAUCAAGAGAGCUGCGCUUGACGAUCAAAGAAGGCAUGCCAACUAUGAAGUCAAGAAUACAGUCCUUGCUUCUUGGUCAGACGAUCCUACCCGGAGAGGACUCGCUGCCGAACCCCACCAUCUUCGACCUCUUCGAUUUUAUCGAGUUUGCGUACCCAGAGCGUAGCUUGCCUGACCAGCAUCGCUUCUUUGAAGGUGUCAACCUUGCCUCGUGCCAAGAAGACAAAGAUGGUAGCCUCUUGUACUCGCUGCCGUUACUGCAGCAAGUCAUUCUGCUGAAAAUGAAAUUCUGGCGGAAAGACGGUCUGAUCACUGAUGAUCUUCAAGAGACAGAGCUGGCUCAACAGGCGGAGCUGCUACUGGCUGUUUUCGCUGAUUGGAACCGUCGAUCACAGUUGACACGUUAUCACAAGGACAUUCUCCAGUCCUGGGUACAAGUGCUGGUGGUCGCGGUACACAGCUGCGACUUCGAUGACGGGGCAAGGGCCUCGUUCAUCCUUCAGACACUACAAGUCAUCCUUCCAAAGCUGGAGCAAGCAUACAACGGUGACGUCUACACCGCGUUGCAGCUUGCCGGUCUGGCUGAAUCGCUCAUUCAGAAGGUCGACUUCACAUCGACAGCUUUCGACAAGACAGGCGACUUCUCGAACGAUCGUCUUAGCCAGCUCUUCCGUGCCGCGCUCACAGGAAUCUACAGCCCAAUAUCCAUCCCGGAGCUCCGUGAGUACUGCUAUCAGAUCUGCUUCCGCUACAUCCACGGCACCUUUGAGAAGGCAACACAAAGCUCCCCACUCGGUCGCCACACACUGAACUCCAUCAAGAAUGGCGGUAAUCAUCUUCUCGAAAUCAUCUGCGACGACGCAUACAGCGGCUCCGGUACGUGCAAGGUAUCCGCACUUUUGCUAUUAAACGCACUCGUCGCAGUCGCCACACGACAGCAAUCAAAGUACAUUCUCGAGACCUUCGUUUCACUCAACUUCAUCGGCGUCCUCGUGGACAACGUCAAGCACAUCCCCGAGGAGCUCAAAAAUGCAGUUGCACCGCAAGUCUCCAGCCUACUUUCAUAUUAUGAAGCCAGUCUGGCUCUGCUGCUGCGCAUCGCCCAGUCUCGCCUCGGCGCCGCAUACGUCCUCAACGCCGGUCUCUUCCCCGCGAUCCGCGACUCGCAAAUCUUCGCUGUCGAUCCUGACAUCGGUCUCGAAUUCGAUAAUCCCAAUGCCCUGAAGAAGUACUACGAGCUGAUGCUCAGUGUCUUAAGAGUCGUCAACGCAGCGGUGAUUGCGAGGGGGAGGCAGAACGAUCAGAUGGUAUUUCAGGCUCGAGAGUUUUUGAAGGAGAACAGGCAGAGCAUGGUUGCGGUGUUCAAGAGGAGCAUCAACGUUGGCGGCGGAGAGAAGGUGGAAGCGCAACAGGAUCUUGUGGAUUUGGUGGAUUGCUGGACGAUUUUGGUAGAGGUCACCAGGUUUCUCGAGUAUGAGGACUCGUCCGUGCUGAAGAAGACGAGAAGCAAUUUGUUUUCGUAGAUCUAGCGAUUUGCGUGUAUCAGCGAUCGCGAAUUCAAGCGAGCGAUAAGUCACCAAUACAAAAGCAUUGAAGUUGCGCAUCAACAUCAUUUCUGACUAGAUUACUGGGGUUUGAACAUGGCCGAGAUGCUACUCAAUCGUAUCAGC